AUGGGCGAGGCUCUGCUGAAGGUCUUGCUGUCAUCCCACACACGAGCGUUGAAGUCCCCCAGCAGAACAAGUGAGUCCCUAGAGGGAAUAUACCGUCUCGUCCACUGGGGUAAAACCAAUUGCGUACACGCACCCAGCCUCAGGGGCAAUAAGUGUGGCCGCACCUGCUCCCGAGUCAAAGAAUGUCCAACAACCUCUCAGGAGAGAGGUGACAUUUCAAAAGAGCCCAGCUCAUUGUGCAUCCGGACCCCUUUGGCCCUUCUCAUAAGCGGUGAGCCCAUUGGAAAGGAAACCCAUGAUGCCUUUUCGGGCUUUGCCCAGCUGGAUCCCUUGGGUGCAGGCCCGGUUUACCAGCAGAAGAAGACGAAGGAGAAGCGGCACUUGUGUUUCGCUAUGUUCUACCGCUACCUUGUUUGUAUCUUCAGCGCGUUGGUGUUACCAGCCCAAUGCUACUUUUCCGAGGAGAGAUAUCCCGAGGAGUCGAGAAUGCAGCCUCCGACGGUGGUGGUAGCCAUCAUAGCCAGGAACGCUGCUCACUCCCUGCCAUACUACCUUGGAGCCCUGGAGAGGCUUGACUAUCCUAAAGAUCGCAUCUCCGUGUGGGCAGCCACCGAUCACAAUGCGGAUAACACCACAGCUAUGCUAAAAGAGUGGCUCACGGUCAUGCAGAAAUUCUACCAUUACGUGGAGUGGAGACCAAUGGAGCAACCUGUGUCCUACGCUGGAGAAAUGGGCCCCAAACACUGGCCCAACACCAGGUACGAGUAUGUGAUGAAGCUAAAGCAAGCGGCGCUCAACUUUGCCAGAAAACGCUGGGCUGACUACAUCUUGUAUGCUGACAGUGACAACAUCCUCACAAACCCUAAUGUCCUUAACCUACUGAUAGCUGAGAACAAGUCAGUCGUCGCUCCUAUGCUGGACUCUCAGGGUGCGUAUUCCAACUACUGGUGUGGAAUAACACCACAGGGUUAUUAUCGUAGAACCGCCGAGUAUUUCCCCACCCGCCACCGCCACCGCUUGGGCUGCUUCCCUGUCCCGAUGGUACACUCCACCAUGCUGCUGGAUUUAAGGAAGGAGGGCAUGAAGAAACUGGCAUUCUACCCUCCUCAUAAGGAGUAUUCUUGGCCGUACGAUGACAUCAUUGUCUUCGCGUUCUCCUGCCGAGCCACAGCGAUUCAAAUGUACCUAUGCAACAAGGAGCGCUACGGCUAUUUGAAUAUCCCAGCUAAACCACAGCAGACUCUAGAGGAUGAUCGCCUCAACUUUGUACAUGUCCACUUGGAGUCAAUGAUUGAUGGCCCUCCUAUGAAACCAUCUCAAUACGUCCACAUGUUCCCCAAGCAGAGAGAUCUCAUGGGCUUUGAUGAGAUUUAUCUGAUUAAUCUGCGGCGGCGCCCCGACCGCAGAGACAGGAUGUUGUUCUCCCUGAACGAGCUGGAAAUCGACGUCAAGGUGGUCGACGCCGUUGACGGAAAUGCACUCAACAGCAGCGACAUCAAGAUUCUGGGCGUGGACUUACUCCCAGGAUACUAUGACCCGUUCUCUGGACGUACCCUCACUAAAGGGGAGGUGGGCUGCUUCCUCAGCCACUACUACAUCUGGAAGGAAAUGGUGGACAUGCAGCUGGACAAAGCUCUGGUGCUCGAGGACGACGUUCGCUUCCAGGCCAAUUUCAAGCGACGAGUCCUGCGGCUGAUGGAGGAAAUAGACCAGGUGGAGCUGGAUUGGGACCUCAUAUACUUGGGCAGGAAGCAGGUCAACCCCAAUAAAGAGGAAGCGGUGGAGGACGUCCAGAACUUGGUCAUAGCAGACUACUCCUAUUGGACCCUCUCCUACGCCAUCUCCCAGCAGGGUGCCCAGAAGCUGCUCAAUGCCGAGCCGCUUUCCAAGAUGCUACCCGUCGACGAAUUCCUCCCCAUCAUGUACGACAAACAUCCCAAUGAGGACUACAAGUCCCACUUCCCCAACAGGAAUUUACAAACAUUCAGUACACGCCCACUUCUGGUGCAGCCUUGCCACUACGCCGGCGAUCCCCAGUGGGUGAGCGAUACCGAGACGUCCACGCUGUGGGAUGACGACGCGGUGCGCACCGAUUGGAGGGGCUCCCACAAGACUCUCAAGGGGGGCGUACCGCCGCCCGAAAUGCUCUCUGCUUCCUACAGGGAUGAACUCUAA